UGGGAGCAAAACCCUCCCUCCCUCCUAAAAUCCCCAACCCUAAUCCACCCAAACCCACAAACCCCCCAGAGAGAUUUAGAGAGAGAGCAAAAGCGAGAAAGCCCCCCUCUUUGCUCUCUCUCCAUGGCAGUUCCCCUCAAGCACCAAAACGACGACGCCUCAACCGACAUCCACGCCUCCACGCCCCUCCGCUACCUAUCUCUGAACCACGUCUAUUCCGCCACCUCUCCUUGCGUCAGCGCCAGCGGGUCCUCCAACGUCAUGUCCAAGAAGGUCAAAGCUCGCAAGCUCGACGACUUCGACGAUGGCGAAGCCGGCGAUCAGAAUCUUCAGAAGCCCUCUCCCAAACCCUCAUUUGUCAAUGUCUACUCCCGCCGGGCCAAGCGGCCUCGUCAUUGCUCCUCCUUCUUCGAUGCUUUGCGUGCCCGGAAUGAGCCGCCGGCGGUGAAGAUUGAGGCGGUCGAUGAUGUCGAUGGUGAAUUCGAGAGGAUUUCGGAGACCAAGAAGAAGAGAAACAUCGGCUUUAACGAGUUACUCAAAUUGGGGGUUGAUUCUAGUGUUCUGUCUAAUUUGGAGGGUCCUCGGUUGAGGGAUUCUCGUAGCAAUCCGAAACUCGAUGGCAGUAAAAAAGGAGAGAAAUUGGGCCUCAAGAAGCGGAAUUCUUCUUCUAACUGUGAGAAAAUUCUUUCGGAUUCGCCUUCUGUGAAGAAAUGGGUCGGGUUGAGUUUCAAAGAUGUCGAUCCCAAAACUUUUAUUGGAUUAGAAUGCAAGGUCUAUUGGCCAUUGGAUGCUGAUUGGUAUUCGGGUCGCAUUGUGGGUUACAACUCUGACACUAAUAGACAUCAUGUUGAAUAUGAAGAUGCUGAUGAGGAGGAUUUGCUUCUAUCAAGCGAGAGAAUCAAGUUUUAUAUCUCUCGAGAAGAAAUGGAAAGUUUGAGUUUGAGUUGCAGUCCAAAGAGUACAAACAGUGAUGUCUAUGAUUAUAAUGAAAUGGUUGUGUUGGCUGCGAGUUUGGAUGACUGCCAAGAACUAGAGCCUGGGGAUAUCGUAUGGGCCAAGCUUACUGGUUAUGCUAUGUGGCCAGCAGUUGUGGUGGAUGAAUCCCUUAUUGGUGAUCGUAAAGGCUUAAGCAAAACUUUGGGAGGAAUAUCAGUUCCAGUGCAGUUUUUUGGUACCCAUGACUUUGCAAGGAUUAAAGUGAAACAAGCAAUCUCAUUUCUCAAAGGACUUCUUUCUUCAUUCCAUUUGAAGUGCAAGAAGCCUGGAUUCAUGAAAAGCUUGGAAGAAGCAAAAAUGUAUCUCAAUGAACAAAAGCUUCCAAGAAGAAUGCUACGGCUGCAAAACGGAAUUAACAUUGAUGAAUGUGAAAGUAUAAGUGGAGAGGAUGAAGUGAGUGCAGAUUCUGAUGAAGGAUGUUUUGAUGAUGCAGGGAUUCCGAGGACACUGGAUUACCUUGGAACUUCUCCAUUUGUGAUCGGAGAUUUGCAGAUAAUAAACCUAGGAAAGAUUGUCAGAGACUCGGAAUGUUUUCAGGAUGAGAAAUACAUUUGGCCUGAAGGUUAUACUGCCUUGAGGAAAUUUACUUCAAUUACAGUUUUUGGAUCAGAUCCAAGUGUACUUGCCUUAUAUAAGAUGGAGGUGUUGAGAGAUACCGAAUCAAAUAUUCGACCUCUCUUCAAAGUGACAAUUGAUAGAGGAGAGCAGUUCAAAGGAUCUACACCAUCAGCUUGCUGGAAUAAAAUAUACAAAAGGAUAAGGAAAGCACAAAACACUUCAUUUGAUGGCUCUAAUGGCAAUGCUGAAGGCAGAUUGGAAGGGACCUAUAAAUCUGGUUCUCAUAUGUUUGGUUUCUCUAUACCAGAAGUUGCUAAACUUAUUCAGAGGUUAUCAAAAUCCAGGCUUUCUUCAAAAUUACCCAAAUGCAAGUUAGCCUCUAGGAGAUAUCGAGAUGUUCCUGUUGGUUACAGACCUGUUCGUGUGGAUUGGAAGGACCUUGAUAAAUGCAGUGUUUGCCACAUGGAUGAGGAGUAUGAAAACAACCUGUUCCUGCAGUGUGACAAAUGCAGAAUGAUGGUCCAUGCAAGAUGCUAUGGAGAAUUGGAACCUGUUGGUGGGGUACUAUGGUUAUGCAACUUAUGUCGGCCUGGGGCUCCUGAACCUCUACCACCUUGCUGCCUUUGUCCUGUAAUAGGGGGUGCAAUGAAGCCUACAACUGACGGGCGCUGGGCUCAUCUAGCUUGUGCCAUAUGGAUACCAGAAACCUGCCUAUCUGAUGUUAAGAGAAUGGAGCCAAUUGAUGGGCUUAGCAGAAUCAAUAAGGACCGUUGGAAGCUAUUAUGUAGUAUCUGUGGCGUUUCGUAUGGAGCCUGCAUUCAAUGUUCAAACCAUACCUGUUGUGCGGCAUAUCACCCACUUUGCGCGCGAGCCGCUGGUCUUUGUGUUGAGCUUGAGGAUGAGGACAGACUACAUCUACUGUCUGUGGACGAUGAUGAAGUAGAGCAGUGCAUUCGUCUUCUUUCCUUCUGCAAGAAGCAUAGGCAGGCAACAAAUGACCGUUCAGCUGCUGAUAACCGUAUUGGUCGAACCGGGCGCCAGUGCUCAGAAUACAUUCCACCAACAAAUCCAUCUGGAUGUGCUCGUACGGAGCCAUACAACUACUUUUGUAGAAGAGGGAGAAAAGAGCCUGAAGCCAUAGCUGCUGCAUCCUUAAAGCGUUUGUUUGUCGAGAACCAGCCUUAUUUAGUUGGUGGUUACAGCCAACACCAAUUGUCGAGUAAUUCACAGCCUCCGAAUGGCUCUAAGUUCUGCUCUAGCCUUCAGAGGCUGAAAGCCUCCCAGCUUGAUGCUCCUAAUGACAUACUUUCUAUGGCUGAGAAGUAUAAAUACAUGAGGGACACCUUUCGAAAAAGACUAGCAUUUGGAAAAUCGGGAAUUCAUGGUUUUGGCAUCUUUGCAAAGCACCCACAUAGAGCAGGGGACAUGGUGAUUGAAUACACAGGCGAACUUGUUAGACCUCCUGUAGCUGACAGGAGGGAGCACUUCAUAUAUAAUUCAUUGGUGGGGGCUGGGACUUAUAUGUUCCGGAUUGAUGAUGAACGAGUCAUUGAUGCCACAAGAGCUGGAAGCAUUGCUCACCUAAUUAAUCACUCUUGUGAACCAAAUUGCUACUCAAGAGUCAUUAGUGUUAAUAAUGAUGAGCAUAUAAUUAUAUUUGCAAAGAGAGACAUUAAACGAUGGGAAGAACUUACAUAUGAUUAUAGAUUCUUUUCAAUAGAUGAACAACUGGCAUGUUGUUGUGGUUUCCCUAGAUGUCGGGGGGUGGUUAAUGAUGUUGAAUCCAAAGAGCGAGCAAGCAAGCUUUGUGCCCCUCGCAGCGAGUUAAUAGAUUGGAGUGGAGAAUGAUACAAGAAAUUGUCUUCUUGUAAAAUGUGUUCAGUUGAGAUCCGGAGGAUGCAGAUUUCUCCCAACAAUCUGCUAUACCUUUUUAUCUCUCAAGGCAGAUAGGGUUGUGGAGUCCCCCGUUCUCUUGUUUUUACUUGACAAAAAACCGUGCGAUUCAGCUAUCCGUUUUUCCUCAGGCUGAUCCUCCUCUUGGUUCGCGCAUGUAAAUUUGAAGACGUCAUUGAGAGAUCCAUAGCUGAUGCAGUACAAGCUAACAAGGAUACAAACGUAAACCCCAGAAGAACAUUGUUUUGGAAAUCUGAAGGGUGUAAUUUGAUUAAUUCUUGAAUGUGUAUUACAACAGAAGCGGAAAGGCUUAAUAAACUUACCCAGUCCUGGGGAAGUUCAGGGGUCUUAGGGAAAUUGAAGUGGACAUAAAUUGGGCGGAAAACUAAAAGUUUGAUUUUUAUUACAAACUUCCAAACGCUGCUUGUGACAUAAAUUGGGCGGAAAACUAAAAGUUUGAUUUUUAUUACAAGCUUUCAAACGCUGCUUUGGGGUA